AGACCACCAAGAAAGCAAAUCCUGUAUUCCCGUCAUUCCCUCUGGGUAUGUGUGUGAAGUAGGAGAGAGAAAUUUUAGGCGGACAAAGAGUGAAGGAGAGAGAGAGAGAGAGAGAGAGAGAUCAUCUCUCGCCCUGCUCUCCUCGUUCUCUUCACUGGUCUCUGCUAACGUGAAAAAAAGCAGAGCACAGCAGAUCAGAAGAGGGGGAGCGAAUCUGUGCAUGUUGCGUAGAAUAUCUUUAAAGCGCAAUCCGGCUUACGUUAGCACCACAACUUCCCACACCCCCGCCACAAUUCCCUAGUUUGCUCCACCGAUUUCCCCCCGCCGGUGUGCGCACCCCUCCUAUCCUUCGCACCCCCCCUAUCUACAUAAAUAUAUUCUUAAUUCCCAAAGUGCUCUAUAACAUCACCGAAACAACCGACGAUCGUCGAAAAUGGCCACGAAGCUUCUCUUAACGUUCGCCAUCUGUCGUUUAAUCGUCACCGUCGGAUUGACCUUGGACCCCACCGAGCUUCUCCGGCUGGGAGUGGAGGGUCAGCUCAGCGUCGACCCGCCCGACGUGGAAACGGCCUCCCUCGAUUUCGGGGGCAUGACCCGGACCCGGCCGCUGGCGGUUCUGCAUCCGGCCUCAGCCGAGGACGUGGGGCAGCUGGUCCGAGCGGCGUACGGGUCGGCCCACGGGUUCACGGUCUCUGCGAGGGGCCACGGGCAUUCCAUCAACGGGCAGGCCCAGACCGAUAACGGAGUGGUGAUAGAGAUGAGCGGGGGGUCUAAGGCAAUAUUCCGGCACGGGGCCGGGAAGUCGGCUCCGCCGCGCGUGGACGAGAGGUGGAUGUACGUGGACGCGUGGGGAGGGGAGCUGUGGAUAGAUGUGCUGAAGUCGACGCUAGAGUAUGGGCUUGCACCCAAAUCAUGGACGGAUUACUUGUAUCUUUCCGUGGGGGGAACUCUUUCGAAUGCAGGUAUUAGCGGACAAGCUUUCAAUCAUGGACCUCAGAUUAGCAAUGUCCACGAGCUUGACGUCGUGACAGGAAAGGGUGAGCUCUUGACCUGUUCACCAGACCAGAACCAAGACCUGUUCCACGCCGUUCUUGGCGGUCUAGGACAAUUCGGGAUCAUCACUAGGGCCAGAAUAGCCCUCGAGCCAGCCCCCCAAAGGGUGAGGUGGAUCCGAGUACUGUACUCCAAUUUUUCCGCAUUCACCAGCGACCAAGAGUACCUAAUCUCCCUGCAUGGCACUCACAGAUUCGACUAUGUGGAGGGCUUCGUGAUCGUCGAUGAAGGCCUCAUCAACAACUGGCGCUCCUCCUUCUUCUCCCCCCGCAACCCCAUAAAGAUCUCCUCCCUCGCCGGCCACGGAGGCGCCGGCACCGGCGUCUUGUACUGCCUCGAGGUCACCAAGAACUACUACGGCUCCACUUCCGACACCGUCGACCAGGAAGUAGAUGCCCUGUUGAAGAAAUUGAACUUCAUACCAGCAUCGGUGUUCACUACGGACCUGCCCUACGUGGAUUUCCUGGACCGGGUUCACACGGCCGAGUUGAAGCUCCGGGCCAAGGGGCUCUGGGACGUGCCCCACCCCUGGCUCAACCUUUUUGUCCCCAAAUCAAGGAUUGCUGACUUCGACCGAGGGGUCUUCAAGGGCAUUUUGGGCAACAAGACCAGUGGGCCCAUCCUCAUCUACCCCAUGAACAAAAACAGGUGGGACGACAGGACCUCGGUGGUCACGCCGGACGAGGAGGUGUUCUAUCUGGUGGCGCUCCUCCGGUCGGCGGUAGAUUCCGGCGAGGAAGAGCGGAGCUUGAGGUCCCUGACGAAUCAGAACCGUAGGAUCCUGAAAUUCUGCGAGGAGGAGGGGAUCGACGUCAAACAAUACCUGCCCCACUACACUACGCAGCAGGAGUGGGUGGACCACUUCGGGGAUAAGUGGGCCACGUUUCGCAGGCGGAAGAUGGAGUACGACCCCCGGCGCAUUUUAGCCACCGGCCAACGCUUAUUUAAGCCGGCUUUGGAUUCUGGACCGGCCUACUUGUAAACCCCCGAUUAAUAUUAAUUAAUUAAUUAACGUAGGAAAAAUAUAUUUGUACAUAAUUAUUAUUUAUUAAUAAUUAGUACAUAGUGUGGAAGAGGGGUUUUUUAUGGUGUGGUGCGGAGUAAUUAGGCGGGCGACGGGAGAAUAAAAUCGGACGGUGGAGGGACGGGGACAGGUGGGGCCGGCGGUGGUGGUGGUGUCGUGCGCAUGUGAUGUGGUGGCAGCGCCCGUGAUCCCGACCGCCCGACCGGCGUGCCUUGUCUGCGGCAACUGCGGCUUUCUUUUCUUUUCUUUUCUUUCUUCGGUUCGGUCCUUAUUUUGUUGUCUCACACAGCUGGUUCCAGUUCCGGUUCAAGUUCCGCCCAACAAUCAUGGGCUGGCUUUAAAAGGAAAAAAAAACUGUUCGACCCUUCUUGCCCUGUUUUUUUGCUACUUUUAUUUUCAAGUGUAGUUAAUUAUCGUCUACGAUGAUUAAUGAAAUUAAUCACGUCUUUUCAACCUUAA